UGCAGGAGGCGUGCAUCGUGACACGUGCGCGCACUCCGGUACAGACAAAACCAAAGUGUUCGGUCAGGAGUCAGGAGCGCGCCUCGCACAGCUGCAGUUUAGUCACUUUAGUCAAAGGGGAACAUCUAUAUAUAAUAUAUGUGUAUGGAUUAUAACCCAAGACAAGAAUUCCGAGGUGGUAACUUUUUAGAUUGUUGCACGAUUAAAAAGUGUGAUCCUUUGCUUUAUUGUAUUCCUAUUUUAUUGUUUUGCCGUAUAGCCUACUAAUUAGUCCAUAUGGCUCGUUUCCCAAACAUGGACGACAAGUGUUCUGUUUUAUAUUUAUCGCGUCUGCAUCUGGACGACUUGAGCUUGGAUCAUCUCACGGACAGUAAAAGACAACAAAUCCAGCAGCUUCAUCUCACUUACAAUCGCUUAUCCUUUCUUCCACCUUCCGUUUGUUUUCUGUGUAACCUGGAAUAUCUGGAUAUCAGCAAUAAUGCGCUCACAGUCAUAACAGAUGACAUUAUGCGACUAACAAACCUGAAGACGUUUGUAGCAAAGAACAAUCUUCUGGACGAGUCCUCGUUCCCUAAAGAGUUUGAACGCAUGCAGGUAGAGACUCUGAAUAUGAGUGGGAACAGGUUUGAGGACAUUCCCAUGCAGUUUCUCAAAAUGACCACACUACAGUCCCUGUCACUUGGAGGAAACAGACUGAAGAGUAUCCCUGCAGAAAUAGAGAACCUGAACAGCCUAGAGAUGCUGUAUUUGGGAGGAAACCUCAUCUCCUCCAUCCCACCUGAGGUGGCUGACCUCACCAGUCUGAGAUACCUGGUUCUAUGUGACAAUCGCAUCCAAAGCAUACCACCCCAGCUCAGCAAACUACACUCCCUGCUCUCUCUCAGUCUCCACAACAACCUGCUGACCUUCCUCCCUCGUGAGAUCCUCAGCCUCGUCCAUUUGCAGGAGCUCAGUCUGCGUGGAAACCCUCUUGUUGUGCGCUUCAUCAAGGAUAUGACCUACGACCCUCCAUCCCUGAUGGAGCUGGCAGCACGCGUCAUCAAGUCCCAGAACCUGCCGUUCAGCUCGUGUGACCUACCGUCCAAUCUGAUCCAUUAUUUAAACCUGGCUAGCGAAUGUCCCAACCCAAAGUGUGCAGGUGUUUACUUUGACUCUUGUGUGAGGCACAUCAAGUUUGUGGAUUUCUGUGGGAAGUACCGCCUGCCGCUCAUGCAUUACCUCUGUUCGCCGCAGUGUUCCUCUCCCUGCAGCUCGAACCCACAGAGCGACGCAGAGUCAGAGGAGGAGAACAGCGUCCCUGCAGACAGGCUCCAGAGAGUACUGCUGGGAUAGGACAAACCUCCAACAGAGACAGUUACCUGCCACAGGAUUUCCAUUUAAUGCUUAAUUUCAUGUUUUAGUAGGCCUAUAAAAUGAUAAAAAACACUUUGACUCAAUAGAGCUGGGUUUUAGAACUGUUUUAGUGACUCAACAUAAGAGCAAUUGCUAUUUAAUGUGAUCAAUACACAUUAGAAAAAAUAAAUAAAUGAAAAUGACAUUUUUUCACCCUCAUGUCACAGAUGCUUAUUUGGAUGACCUUAGAAGACUUUUGAUAUUGACUAUUCACAUUGACUACUUUUAUAGUUCUUUUAUCAUGUUUUUGUCUGUUUUUUUCCACAUGGAGAACAAAAGCAAACUGGUUUGAAAUGUCAUGAGGGUGAGUAAAUAAUACAACCUGUGAACUAUUCCUCCGAAUGUUGCUGACAAGACAUCUGAAAACGUUCGCAUCUUGGCUACAGUAUUUCGAGUAGGUCAGCUUGACACAGACCUAAUCCUACAUGCAAUCAGAGAACAAACUGACCACUUUGCACUUCUGGAAAAUGUGAUCAGUACGUGAACACUUACUCUUUGACCUCUUCUUUGUAUUGACUGUUAAUCUGCCCUAACUUUUCUGUCCAAAGGUCAGGUUAUGGACUAUGAUGCUACAUCACACAAUUCGAAAAUGUAUAGAAAGCUAUCAUCCAUGACACAACCUUAAAAAUAGUUACAUGCAAAAGGACAGCUUUUUUGUAUUCAGUCUUAUUUUCAGAAGUUUGGGUACAGCAAACAGGUUUCAGAUCAGUAUUAAAUGGUUUACUGUCUCUAAAAGAGCUCAUAAUGGCCUUAAUAGUAGGCUAAUAAAACAGAUAUUAUAUUCCUUGAUGAUAACUUA